AUGGAUCAGAAUGGCGACUCGAGUGCGUUUCGAUGGAAGUACCUGAUAAAGCAAGACAAGACGGCGACUCAGCAACUCGAAGACCUCUGCAUCGGUCUCGCAAAGUGCAUUGUUACGAAUGAAGACGGAAUAGGGCCCGAACUCACCCCGCAACGUCUUGCUGCCUUCUACCGUCGCGUCGGCGGCAACUACGAUACCCUCUUCCUCAAGUCGGGCGACAAUGGCCUAUCCUUCAUCUACAAGACCUUUGGCUGCUUCCACAGCCUACAGCCUACCCAUACUCCCUUCGAAAUACCCUGUAUUCCCUGCCUAACCCCACAUGGCUUUGCACGAUGGCAGACCCUACAACUGCUACUUUCUCCAGACGAAAGUGUCGACUUCUUGCAGAAAGCGGUUCAGAUAUACCGCAUCCCCAGACCAGAUGGCGGUACCUUUCCAACCCCGCUACCCAAGUCUUGCUUUCCCUCACAACCCGAUCCGGAGAUGGAGGAUUGGUACAAUAAUGUCACCGGCCACUUGAACCAGGAUAAUUACAUGCGCCGCCUCAAGCACUCACCCUAUCAAUCGCCAUAUCCUGAAGACCGGAAAGAUGGCUACUUCCAGAAUGGCUCACGCAACAGCUCGGCCGAGGAUCAAGCUCGCAUCGAUGCAUACAGACGGAGAAGCAGUGUCCCGGAUGCUAUCUCAUCUGUUCCGGUCGCAAUUCCCGUCCCCGUCCCCGUUGACCUCCCAGAAAAGCCCGUAGCCACUCCGCCCAAAGGCCUCCUCAGAACACCCGCCAGCGCUCCCACACCACUUCUACGCCUGACCGUCCCGGACGACCCCCCUCCAGCUCACAGCACCAUCACUCUCGUCCACCUUCUCAGCAAAUAUCCGAUCAUCGCCAUCGCAUAUCAGAUGGUCGCUCUCCGCAUUCUCGCCACAACUCCAGUAGCGACGCCUCCUCCGAGAACUCGCACCUCGAUCAGCGUGCUUCACGACAUCGCAAAUCCGAGCGUGAUGAGUCGCCCAAACGUCGACGUAACAGCCUCUGGCCGCCCUCCUUCUUCAGGUCGCACAAACGGCGCCAUUCUUCGGACGCAAGCUACCGAAAAUUAG